AUGAAUUCCCCAGCCUCUAAAGAGGAGAGAAAGAACCGCAAGGAACUGACCAAGGAAGUCAAUGGAGCAUUCAGAAAUUACUUCUACGUCAGAAACAGAAACGUUCCUCUCACUCCGGAAGCCAUGGACGCCCUAGAGUUCUCCAUUUACCAGCACAUGGCGAAGUUCAAAGUGGAAUUCGAGAGCAACGAUGAGAAGAUCCACAUUACGCUGCCCAAGUGCGAAGAUGAGAUAGGUUGUGUAGCGCACAUGCGCAACGCUCGCGAACUUCAAACGGCUCUGGAUGUAACAAAGAUAUCUACGUUCUUCGUCAUGGAUACAGUCAGGUGCUAUGAGAGUCACAUCCAAGACCUGCAAAGGAUUGUAUUACAGACUCAGAAUAUACACCAGAAAUGUGGAGGCUUGGAAAGCGACAUAAAAGAUAAACAAGAAAUGUUGUCUAUAUUCGAGGUGGCAUUGGCGGAGCUCCUUGAGACUCCCCAGGCAUAA